CAUAGCUCCGUCUCAAGCUUGCGUGGUCUCUCUGAAGGGGCUCAAGGCUAAUAGUAAUGUUACAAAGAAGCCUGCUAGGCCCGAGGUAACUUCUAGUUCUUUCGUUUCCCAAAACUGACUUUUGGGCGUGUGGUUUUCAUAAACUUUGAGGCGAAGUUAUAAAGCUUUCUGAUGUUUUUUGGGGUUUGCUUCGGUUAAAUUUGGUGAAGGUGGCGGUUGCGAUCAAUCGGCAGACGGAGCCGGUGAAGAUUUCUCUGAAGGACUGUUUGGCAUGCAGGUGAAUUGUCCUUUCUGUUUCCAUCUUAGCUUGCCCCAUACCAAAAUUCUUAUCUUUGUUUCUGUUUUUGUAAUUUCUGGCUACCCAGUUGCCAAAGUCGGUUUCUUUGUACUUAAAUUUCGGUUUUGUGUUUGGUUGCCAUGAUUUGUCUAAGCUUGAAUGAGCUUCUUCAACGUAUGGGUUUGUUACGUGGUUGUUUUUUUGCAGUGGAUGCAUUACAUCAACGGAGACAGUAAUGCUGGAGAAGCAGAGUUUGGAUGAAUUCCUAUCUAAUAUCGAUAAAGGCAAAGCUAUCAUUGUUUCCCUCUCACCAGUCCAGAGCUUCUCUUGCUGCUCAUUUCGGCCUCUCUCCACCUCAGGUGUUCAGGAAACUCACGACAUUUUUUAAGUCCUUGGGAGUUAAGGCUGUAUAUGAUACAAGUUGCAGCAGAGACUUAGCACUGAUCGAGGCUUGCAAUGAAUUUGUCAGUCGAUAUAAAGAAAGCAUCUCGAAUGAAGCUGAAAAAUCCAAAGUAUCAUUGCCUAUGCUUUCAUCGGCAUGUCCAGGUUGGAUUUGCUAUGCCGAGAAGCAACUAGGAUCUUAUAUUCUCCCUUAUGUAUCUUCUGUCAAGAGUCCCCAACAAACGAUGGGGGCGAUCAUUAAGCGUCAUGCAUGCUGUAGGAUGGGUCUUAGACCGGAUGAUGUUUACCAUGUCACCAUAAUGCCCUUUUAUGAUAAGAAGCUCGAGGCAUCAAGGGAUGACUUCACUUUCGAACUUGAAUCGCCGGAACAAACCAAUGACAACAGAGCAAUUGUUACAGAGGUAGACUCGGUUUUGACAUCUGGUGAAAUUCUGGAUCUGAUAAAGUUGAAAGCGGUGGAUUUCAAAGCCCUAGAAGAAUCUCCUCUUGAUAGAAUGUAAGAGAGACCACAAUGAUUUCUGAUAAAGCACUUGCUCACUUCCCGAAAUCAGAUCCCUUCGAUGGACAACGAAAAAUAGUCAUCUGCACCUCCUGCUCGGGAUCUCUUCCUUCCGUGCUAUAUAUUUAUAGGCACUGGAAUCUUUGGCAUGAGAGAGCCAUGGCUGGUUUUGCCAUGGACAAUUUAUUCUAAGGAUGAGAAGCCAUUUAAAGGCCAAUUUUGAUGAGGUAAACUUACACUUGUUCACUGGGCCGUCGUGCACUGCUUGUGUACAUUAUCUAUGGUAGAAGAAGAUGAUUUAAGAGGAAGAACACAGAAUGUGAAGUCUUUAGGAAGAAGGCAUUUUAUACUUUGUAAUCUGCUCCCCUAACACUUUUUGCCCUCUGUCGGUGUUCCCUUUGAGAUUGGUGUACAUGCCUUUUUGUUUAGGUAACUCUGUUCCUGUUUCUGGGUGUUGGAUAUCAUCCAACAGGCAGUUUUGUCAAGUUAUACUCCAAAGAGAGCAAUAGUAUUGUCCUGAUGUGUAUCUAAAUUAUAACCAAGUAUGUGAAGGAAUACCACAAGUUUUUGAGUCCUUACAGGAUGUAUAAUGUAUUGUAAGAUCUGCUCUGAGGGUUUCUGUUUAUCUCUUCUGUAAUUGUAGCUUACCCAUGGUAAAAUGGAAGAAAAAGGUAACAUUUUCAGUAUCUUCUCUUAAGGUAAAAAAAAAGUACCGCGUAAUAAAUUGGAACUCAUCUACCAAAAAUGGAUUAGGAAAAGGGAAUUCCUUCAAAAACAGGAAAUUUAAUUUAAUAAAUUGAUUUCUUACUACGUUUGUUGCUGUGAUGGAUUGCAUGCACGUCCCUUUGUCAGAAAAAAAUUGACAUUUUCUGUGUUUCUUAGGAAACUGAAACUGAUAAAGUUUUGAAUAUCCAUUUAUUGCAACAAAAUCCCUCGACAAAAGCGGAUAGAAAGUCGCAAACGUUUCAUUCAGAACAAUAGCCCAUCAGAAACCCACUUCUGCCUCUCAUCAGCUCCUUCCCAGUCCCAGAGAAGCACCAGAAUCUGAGACGAAAUGGUAAGAAGGAGAGGACUUUGUUGUUUGUUUUGAUAUUCUGGAUUCUGGGCUUUGCAUGGCUUCAUUUUUAACGAUUUGGGUGUGGGAUCUGUGCGUUGAAUCAUCAGACGACGUCAAGGAGGGUUUCAGAGAGGAAGAACGAAAGGUUCCAGAGGAACAUAAUGAAGAGGGGAUCAGUCUCUGGGUCUUCAUGGAAGAAAGGGUUUGACCUCCCUGUUGGCCCGAUUGUGCUUGGAUUCAUCGUCUUUGUUGUUGUUGGAUCAUGUAUGUGUUUCUCUCUCCCUCUCCCUCUGCAAUGGUUUUCUUCUUAAUUGUCAGAAGCAGACGAUCCCCCCUCUCUCGCUGCAUGCUGUGUUUUGUGUUUCUUCUACGUUGAUUGGGAUUGUUUGGGUUUUGCAUGGCCAAGGUUCCUCAAGGUACUGAACUGAACAGAAUUGGCGUAGGACUGGGCAUAAAAGAGAACGGAAAAGAAAGGAUAAAAAUAAGAACAAAAAUUCUAUACAUAAAGGUAUUAAAUUUCAGCAUAUAAACAGAAAUUUGCUUUUGUACAUUGAUAUGGUAUGAUCCGGUUCAUAUGUUGAUUCGAUUUGGUUCAUUUUAGUCUAAUUCGAAAUGUUGAGCUAGACUCCAGCUAGGGUCUUAGGUGGGCAACUCCUGCUAGGUGAACUAAAUUACUUAUUUACUUGUAGCCCCAUAUAACCAUCAAGAGUCUUCAAUGGUUUAUGCUCUUUCAUUAACUGAGUGGAUUUCAGCUUCCGAGUUUAUGGUAAUGGUUCAUCAGACAGACAUUCUGGCCCUGACUUGGCUUCAUAUCUUUGUUCAUUUUCACAGCUCUGUUUCAGAUCAUCAGGACAGCGACUUCAGGUGGAAUGACGUAAACGAGCUCUUCGAGGAUAAGUAGAUCAAAGCGUGGGUUGUCAAGGGGCAGAUCCUUUAGCCUGUUUAAUGAGAUGAUACAGUGAAAUGAAACAAUCCAAACAAACUCAAAACCUCAUUUGUGCUUAAGUUCAACCAGUUCCUUUACUCUGUUGUUUUUUCUUUCCCAGUGUUCUAUGCUCUUUCUAUGAAUCCAUUUCUCAAAUCAGGUCCGUGUGCUGGCGUCAGGACAUUAUCCUGUACUGAAAAGCAUAAAUCUUUGCAUGUACUUUGCUAUCUUCACCCUCAAAACAGAAGAACGAGGCAAUAGUUGAAAUUGCUUCAUUUAUGUGGACAAAGAUGAAAUCUUUUCAGAAUCCAUGUACUACAACAGCAACAGCUAGUAGAUACUGUAAUGGACUCCCAGUUCUAAGCAACCAAGGGUAUUGAGAAAAAAGAACAAAAAGCAAAAUUGGUA